AUGCCUGACGCGCAGCCCCCUAUGAGCGUCUGGGGUCUGGCCAGGCUCGCCAAAGUCCAGCCAAAGCAGAUCCGCGGCUUGAAGGAGCGGCUCGACAAAGCGGCAGGGUGUCGCCAACGUCUCACUGGUGCGGGACGAAAGCCCAAGUACCCCGAUAUGGAGGUUGCGGAUCAUCUGAUCCUCGCUCAACUCCGCGAUAAGGCGGGCGUGGAGGUGCUGGAGGAUGUGUGCGAGGAGCUCGAAGAGCUCAUCCCCAACCCUUUCUACCCUGAACCUGCUGCCCCUUCCAGCAAGGACAGGGAUGCUGCCUCCUCUCCAUCUGAGGAGGAGGAGGGGACGGAGGAGGAGGAGGAGGAGGAGGAGGAGGAGGAGGAGGAGGAGGAGGAGGAGGAGGAGGAGGAGGAGGGGGAGGAGGGGGACGAGGAGGAGGACGAGGAGGGUGAGGAGGGUGAGGAGGAAGGCAGUGCGGAGGUGGAGGGUGGAGUGGGUGAGGAGGAGGAUGGCGAUGAGUGGUGGGCAGAAGGGCGAUAUGAUAGGGAGGAGGCAGAGAUCUGGGUUGCUGGCCAGGAUUAG